UGUCUGUGUCCCUUAGGUCCUGCCAGACCCUGCUCCUCCCCGAGCCAGCUGCAGAAGCCAGGAGUGGGCACGAGGCAGGCCUGGGACGAUGGCAGCGCCCAGCCUGUGCCCGGGGGUCGCAUGCCUGCUUGCGAUCCAUCUCUCCUUGGGAUUUGGCCUGGACACACUAGAGGUGUGCCCCAGCCUGGAUAUCCGCUCGGAGGUGGCGGAGCUGCGCCGGCUGGAGAACUGCAGCGUGGUGGAGGGCCACCUGCAGAUCCUGCUCAUGUUCACGGCCACCGGCGAGGACUUCCGCGGCCUCAGCUUCCCGCGCCUCACGCAGGUCACGGACUACCUGCUCCUCUUCCGUGUCUACGGCCUGGAGAGCCUGCGGGACCUCUUCCCCAACCUGGCGGUGGUCCGCGGGGCCCGCCUCUUCCUGGGCUAUGCGCUGGUCGUCUACGAGAUGCCGCACCUGCGGGACGUGGGGCUGCCGGCGCUGGGGGCCGUGCUGCGGGGGGCCGUGCGCGUCGAGAAGAACCAGGAGCUCUGCCACCUGUCCACCAUUGACUGGGGCCUGCUGCAGCCGGCCCCCGGGGCCAACCACAUCGUGGGCAACAAGCUGGGCGAGGAGUGCGCCGACGUGUGUCCCGGCGUGCUGGGCGCCAGCGGCGAGCCCUGCGCCAGGACCACCUUUGGCGGGCACACCGACUACAGAUGCUGGACCUCCAGCCACUGCCAGCGAGUGUGUCCCUGUCCCCAUGGGCUGGCCUGCACCGCUGGGGGUGAGUGCUGCCACGUCGAAUGCCUGGGGGGCUGCAGCCGGCCGGAAGACCCCCGUGCCUGCGUCGCUUGCCGCCACCUCCACUUCCAGGGUGCCUGCCACCGCGCCUGCCCCCCAGGCACCUACCAGCACGAGUCCUGGCGCUGCGUCACGGCGGAGCACUGCGCCCGCCUGCGCUCUGCGCCCGGCCGCGCCUCCACCUUCGGCAUCCACCAGGGCCGCUGCCUGGCCCAGUGCCCUCCGGGCUUCACGCGCAAUGGCAGCAGCAUAUUCUGCCGCAAGUGUGAGGGGCUGUGCCCCAAAGAGUGCAAGGUGGGCACCAAGACCAUCGACUCCAUCCAGGCCGCACAGGAUCUGGUGGGCUGCACCCACGUGGAGGGGAGCCUCAUCGUCAAUCUUCGCCAGGGCUACAACCUAGAGCUGGAGCUGCAGCACAGCCUAGGGCUGAUAGAGACCAUCACCGGCUUCCUCAAAAUCAAGCACUCCUUCGCCCUCGUGUCCCUGGGCUUUUUCAAGAACCUCAAACUAAUCCGGGGAGACGCCAUGGUGGACGGGAACUACACUCUGUACGUGCUGGACAACCAGAACCUACAGCAGCUGGGGUCCUGGGUGGCUGCGGGGCUCGCCAUUCCCGUGGGCAAGAUUUACUUCGCCUUCAACCCGCGCCUCUGCUUGGAGCACAUCUACCGAUUGGAGGAGGUGACCGGCACGCGGGGACGCCAAAACAAGGCCGAGAUCAACCCCCGCACCAACGGAGACCGCGCUGCCUGCCAGACUCGCACCCUGCGCUUCGUGUCCAACGUGACGCAGGCGGACAGCAUCCUGCUGCGCUGGGAGCGCUACGAGCCGCUGGAGGCUCGGGACCUGCUCAGCUUCAUCGUGUACUACAAGGAGUCCCCCUUCCAGAACGCCACGGAGCACAUAGGUCCAGAUGCCUGUGGGACCCAGAGCUGGAACCUGCUGGAUGUGGAGCUGCCCUUAAGCCGCACCCAGGAGCCAGGGGUGACUCUAGCCCCCCUCAAGCCCUGGACCCAGUACGCAGUGUUUGUGCGGGCCAUCACACUGACCACUGCUGAGGACAGCCCCCACCAAGGAGCCCAGAGCCCCAUCGUCUACCUCCGAACCCUGCCUGCGGCGCCCACGGUGCCCCAGGAUGUCAUCUCCACGUCCAAUUCCUCGUCCCACCUGCUGGUGCGCUGGAAGCCACCGACUCAGCGCAACGGGAACAUCACCUACUACCUGGUGCUGUGGCAGCGUCUGGCGGAGGACGGCGACCUCUACCUGAACGACUACUGCCACCGCGGUGCGCAGGGCAGCGGCGCGGGCCGGAGGGGUUGGGACGCGGGCCGGGGCGCCGUGCGUCUAACUGCCUUUCCCUGCGUCGCGCCAGGCUUGCGGCUGCCCACCAGCAACAGCGACCCGCGAUUCGACCGGGAGGACGCGGAACUCCAAGCGGAGGCGGAGCCCGGCUGCUGCCCUUGCCAGCACCCACCUCCGGGGCAGGUCCUGCCGCCGCUGGAGGCGCAAGAGGCCUCGUUCCAGAAGAAGUUCGAAAACUUUCUGCACAACGCCAUCACAAUCCCCAAAUCCCCCUGGAAGGUGACGUCCAUCAAUAAGAGCCCUCACAGAGACUCAGGGAGGCACCGCCGGGCAGCCGGGGCCCUCCGGCUUGGGGGGAACAACUCGGAUUUCGAGAUCCAGGAGGACAAAGUGCCCCGGGAGCGCGCAGUGCUGAGUGGCCUUCGCCACUUCACGGAAUAUCGGAUCGACAUCCACGCCUGCAACCACGCGGCGCACACCGUGGGCUGCAGCGCCGCCACCUUCGUCUUUGCGCGCACCAUGCCCCACAGAGAAGCCGAUGGUAUCCCAGGGAAGGUGGCCUGGGAGGCAGCCGGCAAAAGCAGUGUCCUCCUGCGCUGGCUUGAACCCCCGGACCCCAACGGACUCAUCCUCAAGUACGAAAUCAAGUACCGCCGCUUGGGAGAGGAGGCCACAGUGCUGUGUGUGUCCCGCCUGCGGUAUGCCAAGUCUGGGGGGGUCCACCUGGCCCUUCUGCCCCCUGGAAACUACUCUGCCAGAGUUCGGGCAACCUCACUGGCUGGCAACGGAUCCUGGACAGAGAGUAUCGCUUUCUACAUCCCUGGCCCAGAGGAGGAAGACUCCGGGGGGCUGCACGUCCUUCUCACUGUCACCCCCGUGGGGCUCAUGCUGCUUGUCAUUCUCGCUGCCCUCGGUUUCUUCUACGGCAGGAAGAGAAACAGCACCCUGUAUGCCUCCGUGAAUCCGGAGUACUUCAGCGCCUCUGACAUGUACAUCCCUGAUGAAUGGGAGGUGCCUCGGGAGCAGAUCUCCAUAAUCCGGGAACUGGGCCAGGGCUCCUUUGGGAUGGUAUACGAGGGACUGGCACAAGGACUUGAGGCUGGAGAGGAGUCCACACCCGUGGCCCUGAAGACGGUGAACGAGCUGGCCAGCCCACGAGAACGCAUUGAGUUCCUCAAGGAAGCCUCUGUCAUGAAGGCAUUCAAGUGUCACCACGUGGUACGUCUCCUGGGCGUGGUGUCUCAGGGCCAGCCAACUCUGGUCAUCAUGGAGUUAAUGACCCGUGGGGACCUCAAGAGCCAUCUUCGGUCUUUGCGGCCUGAGGCAGAGAACAACCCUGGGCUCCCGCGGCCAGCACUGGGAGACAUGAUCCAGAUGGCUGGUGAGAUUGCAGAUGGCAUGGCCUACCUUGCCGCCAACAAGUUCGUGCACCGAGACCUGGCGGCCCGAAACUGCAUGGUGUCCCAGGACUUCACCGUCAAGAUCGGGGACUUCGGGAUGACCCGAGACGUGUAUGAGACAGACUAUUACCGCAAGGGCGGGAAGGGGCUGCUGCCCGUGCGCUGGAUGGCCCCCGAGUCCCUCAAAGACGGAAUCUUCACCACCCACUCGGACGUCUGGUCCUUCGGUGUGGUGCUCUGGGAGAUCGCGACUCUGGCUGAACAGCCCUACCAGGGCCUGUCCAACGAGCAGGUGCUCAAGUUUGUCAUGGAUGGUGGGGUGCUGGAGGAGCUGGAGAGCUGUCCCCUUCGGCUGCAGGAGCUGAUGAGCCGCUGCUGGCAGCAGAACCCACGCCUGCGGCCCACCUUCACCCACAUCCUGGACAGCAUUCGGGGGGAGCUGCCCCCCUCCUUCCGCCUCUUUUCCUUCUACUACAGCCCAGACUGCCGGGGCGCCCGGGUGUCCCCACUGCCCGUGGCCGAGCCCGGCUCCCCACCGACCCCAGAAGGGGCUCCCUCAGACUGCAGCCCCCAAAAUGGGGGCCCGGGGCACUGAGGCCACCCUAUUCUCUGGGUGACGGGCCUCCCACGGGCAGGGAGGAAGGGUCCCGACCUUUGAGGCCCUGAGGUGUGCAGAC